AUGACUGGAUCAUUUGGGCUCCCGACUGGAAACUCUAAUGGGGAACCAAAAGGCUCUGUGUGGACUGGUCGUGCGCGGGUUCGAGGUCCCUUGUGGGCCCAACUUCCGUUGCUAACGAUCGGAAUGCUGGGUCUGCAGAUCGUUUGGUCAGUUGAAAUGGCGUACGCGUCGCCGUACUUGCUGUCUCUUGGGCUGAAGAAAUCCCAUAUGGCACUGGUAUUCGUUGCUGGUCCCCUAUCCGGACUCAUCAUGCAACCUCUUAUUGGGGUACUGGCUGACCGUAGCACCUCGUCUUUGGGUCGCCGGAGACCAUAUAUGUUGGCCGCUUCCUUAGUAUCCAUUGGUGGUCUUAUGUUACUGGGAUUCACUCGGGAAUUCUCCGGAAUAUUUGGCGGAGCUAAGGGCUUGACCAUAGGCAUUGCCGUAUAUGCAAUUUUUUGCAUUGAUUUCUCCAUAAAUGCAGUUCAGGCGGUGGAUCGUGCAUUGCUCGUCGAUAUACUGCCUCCAGCCCUUCAAGCUGCUGGUAAUGCAUGGGCAGGUCGCAUGUUUGGGCUAGGUUCCGUGGCAGGGUUUUUCAUCGGGGGUAUCAAUUUACCUAGUGUAUUUCCCUCGCUGGGCCGCACUCAACUCGAAGUACUCUCGGUCAUUUCUUCAGUGUUGCUACUGUCUCUGCAUGGAAUAACUGCAGCGAGCGUGGAAGAGAAGGUUCUGGUUACAGAUGGGACUACGUCAGAUACCAACAUCUUUGCGCAAAUAUUCAAGGACAUUUGGGAAAAUAUACUAACCUUACCCCGCACUAUUCGUUCAAUUUGCCUUGUCCAAUUCUUUUCUUGGAUAGCAUGGUUUCCGGUGCUAUUCUACUCGUCUACGUGGGUAGGAGAUAUCUAUAAAGCUACGGCUAUGGAAAAUGGCCGAGUCGAAGACGAUCCAACUCUGCAUGACGAUGCCACUCGCAUUGGUUCACUUGCACUAUUAUACUCGUCUAUCCUUAGUUUCGCUGUCAGCAUCGUUGCGCCUUUUUUCAUCAGGUCGAAUCGAGGUGCUGGUAGCGAUGCCCCAAGAGGAGCCAUGGACAAACUCAAAAUAUCUCUAGGUGGCCUUUGGUCCUUGUCCCAGGGCAUUUUUGCUUGUUCGAUGAUGGCAACUCUACUACCCCAGACUGUAACCUCUGCAACAAUCAUUAUCACAAUUACAGGAUUUUGCUGGGCAGUUUCCCAAUGGGUACCUUUCUCACUUCUUGGCGAAGCCAUCCUUCUCUCCGCUCCCGAUUAUACCGCAGUUCCCCACCUUGAGCACGCUGAGGAUGAGAUCCCCCUUACAGAUAGACGCUCCCGUCGCAGAUCCUCCUCACCAUCUCCUCCACGACUUUCUCGCUCAUCUUCCCCCACGAAUCCAUCACGAAAAUCUCGUAGUCAUACCCCAUCAUCGACUCACUCGUCAAGCUCCUCUGUUCGAGGUGAAGGGUCAACCCCGGCUUCGGCACUUUUCAGCAAUGAUACGGCACGGAGAAGUCGGCCCAAGCUGGAAAAACGUGUAAGCGGGGGCACUCGAAACGGUACCGAUGACGAUUUUCAACGGAAUAACGAUGGGCCGGUGGAUAAUGAUGCUCUCGAGCUCGAAGAUGGGGAAUUGGAAAUGGGAGGGGAUAGUGGAUCUACUGAUGAAGGAGUAGGAAGCAAAGCGGGGAUUAUCCUUGGGAUACAUAAUCUCGUGGUUGUGCUCCCUCAGUUCUUGGUGACUGGACUCUCAGCUGUGUUAUUUGCCUUGUUUGAACCUCACAGAAGUGUCCUUCAUGGAAAGCAUCCGGGGAACGUUCCUCCUGGAACCAACAUUACACUGCCUUUGAACAAUCUAGAAAUAAGAGAGGAGGAGAAGGAUGCAAGCUCUGAUUCUAUCGCCAAGGAAGGUAAAUUGGAAUACUUUGAUUACCACCCCGAAAAGGAGAAGGAUGUGGUAGAGUUUUGCGCCAAGAUCAUCGAGCGUGAAUUUGGUUCUGCGUAUGACACGAUUCCGCCCCAUAGUCGCUGGCGCCAUUUUGACGCAGGUCACGAGCGUAUCGCGCCAUUGCUGGCUCAGUGGUCUAAAGAACUGACGCCUCUUGAAACAACAAAGCGGCUUAUCGACCUGUUCCUCGUAUCAGUUCUACUUGACGCGGGAGCCGGAAACGCCCUCGACAUGUUCUUGGCUGGGUUUUUCUCCAGUGACGGUGGGCUCAAAGUCGAUGCGGCGGGAUUAAAACGUAUUACUCCCGAGAAGACAGGCGAAGCGAUGCAAGUCUCGGCUUCGAACCCAAUGAGUGGGUUGGAAGGGCGCUCGAAUCUGCUUGCCAACUUGGGUGGCGCGCUGUCUGCUAGCCCAGAGAUAUUUGGAUCGGACGGGCGUCCCGGUAAUCUUCUCGAAUUUAUUGAAAAACAAGGGAAGAGUAAAAACGGGAAGACUUAUGUUCAUAUGUCCGCCCUCUGGCAUGUAUUGAUUGAGGGCCUUGCGCCCAUUUGGCCAGCAACUCGGACCCAGCUUGGAGGUACAUCAUUGGGCGAUGUGUGGCCAUGCUCCGCAUUGCAUGCAAGCGAAGGUUACUCCAAGGAUACACCCGGAUCUGAUCUAGUACCUUUCCAUAAGCUUAGCCAGUGGCUUGCAUACAGUCUCGUUGAGCCAAUUGAGAAGGUUCUCGGAUGGAAGAUUGAAGGGAUGGAGGAUAUGACAGGUCUUCCAGAGUAUCGCAAUGGUGGUCUCUUGGUCGACCUUGGCGUUCUCACACUUCGCAAAGAAACUGUUUCGUCCUUCUAUCCGAACCCAGAAAUCGAUAUAGCCAGGCUGGCUCCUUCUCACCCGGCGAUUAUUGAAUGGAGGGCAAUGACGGUGAUUGAACUUGAUCGCAUCGCAGAAGCCCUUCGCGAGCACCUGAACGCACCUAACCUAGCUCUUGCUCAAGUCCUCGAGAGUGCAACUUGGAAGGGUGGGCGCGAGAUAGCCAAACAGAAACGUCCGGAAACGGCUGGACCACCAAUUGAAAUUGAGAGUGAUGGCACUGUCUUCUGA